AAGACUGUGGGACGUAUUUCCCAGAAGUGAAAAAUCAUCCAGACAAAUAUUUACAAAGAUGUCCCGAGUCUGUAAAAAAGUGGCUGAAACAACUGAAGAGUGCUGGGAAGAUUCUGCUAUUAAUUACUAGUUCUCACAGUGACUAUUGCAGGCUCCUGUGUGAACAUAUUCUUGGGAAUGAUUUUGAAGAGUAUUUUGACAUUGUGAUUACAAAUGCUUUGAAACCUGGUUUCUUCUCCCAUACCCCAAACCAAAGACCUUUCCGAACUCUUGAGAAUGACGAGGAGCAGGAGGCUCUGCUAUCACUGGACAAGCCCGGCUGGUAUUCCCAAGGUAAUGCUAUCCAGCUUUAUGAACUACUGAAGAAGAUGACUGGCAAGUUGGAUCCCAAGGUUGUUUAUUUUGGUGACAGCAUGCACUCAGAUAUUUUCCCAGCUCGUCACUAUAGCAACUGGGAAACCGUCUUCAUCUUAGAGGAGCUUCUAGGGGACAAAGUUGUGGUGCCUGCAGAGACUGAAUCUGAGCCCUUGGAGAAGAAAGGAAAAUAUGAGGGAGAUCAGCCCAAAGCUCCUUACUUUGUGUCUGAACAGUGGGGCUCUUUCUUCAUGGACAGAUUGCCGGGCCUGGAAAAUGCAGAGGAAACCUUAGUUCGCACAUGGUCCUGUAAAUGUAUUAGCACUUACAGCACUAUUGCAAUCCCUAGUCUUGAAGCAAUAGCAGAUUUACCACUGGAUUAUAGAUUUACAAGAUUUUCCUCAAAUGGCUCAGCAACUGCCGGGUACUACCCAAGCCCUCCAAGAGCACUGCUGCCAAAUGAGGAGUCAGUGACUAUGAAAUAGGUUGUCGGCUUUUUCCUUAAAUAACCCUGUAGUCCCUACUUAAACUGCUAUCACAUGCUAAUUGGUGAAAAUGUUGUGUGAUGCUUCAUAAAAUAGAAUGAUGGAUUAAAGCAGACUCCUGUGUA